UGCUCUAGUUUUUUGGUCUGUGUAGAACUUGUGGAUCUUCUUGUGGUUCUUGUUGUUGUUCUAGUUGUUCUUGUCGUAGACCUCGUCCUCCAUCAUGUCCGGAGUGGCCUCCACCUUGGCCAAGCAGCGCGCCAUGGCUGCAGGAUUUGGCACCAACGCGAACGCGGUUCGGUACCUGAACCAGGACUUCGCGUCUCUGCGGGCUCAGUGUUUGUCCUCCGGAAGUCUCUUCUCCGACCCGACCUUCCCCCCCCAACCCGAAGCUCUGGGCUUCAAAGAGCUCGGCAGGAACUCCUUCAAGACCCGGGGAGUCACCUGGAAGAGACCCACGGAGUUGGUCUCUAACCCGGAGUUCAUCCUCGGCGGAGCGACAAGGACCGACAUCUGUCAGGGAGCUCUGGGUGACUGCUGGCUGUUGGCAGCCAUCGCGUCUCUAACGAUGAAUGAAUACGUGAUGGCCAGAGUCGUUCCACAGGAUCAGAGUUUCGGUGACGACUACGCCGGCAUCUUCCACUUCCAGUUCUGGCAGUAUGGUGAGUGGGUGGACGUCGUGAUUGACGACCGGCUGCCGGUUAAAGACGGAGAGCUGAUGUUCGUCCACUCUGCAGAGGGACGGGAGUUCUGGAGCGCUCUGCUGGAGAAAGCCUACGCUAAAGUGAACGGCUGCUACGAGGCGCUGUCCGGAGGCUCCACCACCGAGGGCUUCGAGGAUUUCACCGGAGGCAUCGCCGAGAACUACGACCUCCAGCGGCCCCCCUCCAACAUGUUCCACAUCAUCAAGAAGGCUCUGGAGGCCGGAGCGCUGCUGGGCUGCUCCAUCGACAUCACCAGCGCUGCAGACUCGGAGGCUGUGACCCGUCAGAAGCUGGUGAAAGGCCACGCGUACUCUCUGACCGGCGCUGUGGAGGUGAACUACCGGGGUCGGCAGGAGAAGCUGGUGAGGAUGAGGAACCCUUGGGGUCAGGUGGAGUGGACCGGAGCCUGGAGCGACGGGUCGUCUGAGUGGAACUCGGUGCAGGGAGACUGUCCCAACGCCAACGCCGAGGACGGAGAGUUCUGGAUGUCCUUCACUGACUUCCUGCGUCACUACUCUCGUAUCGAGGUCUGCACUCUGACCCCCGACACCAUCGGAGACGACUCCGUCAAACAUUGGAGCGUCGCCAAGUUCGACGGCACCUGGAGAAGAGGGUCCACCGCUGGAGGCUGCAGGAACCACCCCUACACGUUCUGGAUGAACCCCCAGUUCGUGAUCAAACUGGACGAGGAGGACGACGACCCCGAGGACGGCGAGGACGGCUGCAGCUUCGUGGUCGGUCUGAUCCAGAAGAACCGCCGCAAGCUCCGCAAGGCGGGAGAGGACAUGCACACCAUCGGGUUCGCUAUCUACGAGGUUCCUGAGCAGUUCCACGGGCAGAAGCAGGUGCACCUGGACAAGAACUUCUUCAUGACUCACGCUCAGACGGCUCGCUCCGAGACCUUCAUCAACCUGCGGGAGGUGAGCACGCGCUUCAGGCUCCCCCCCGGAGAGUACCUGGUGGUGCCCUCCACCUUCGAACCCCACCUCAACGGGGACUUCUGCAUCCGGGUCUUCUCCGAGAAGCAGUCCGAGAUCCAAGUUUGUGACGACCCCGUCAACGCUGACCUCGAUGAUGAGACUGUGUCGGACGAAGAGGUGGACGCAGGAUUCAGAGGAUUGUUCACAAAACUCGCCGGAGACGACAUGGAGAUCUCGGCGGUGGAGCUGAAAACCAUCAUGAACAAGAUCGUCGCCAAACGAAGUGACAUCAAAACGGACGGCUUCAGCUUGGAGACAUGCAGGAUCAUGGUCAACCUGAUGGACGACAGUGGGAACGGGAAGCUUGGUCUCGGAGAGUUCGCUACGCUGUGGAAGAAGGUUCAGAGAUACCUGGGAAUCUACAAGAAGAACGAUACUGACGACUCUGGAACCAUGAGCACACCAGAGAUGAGAGUCGCCUUCAAAGACGCAGGCUUCACUCUGAAUAACAACAUCUACCAGCUGCUGGUGGCUCGAUACUCCGACCCGGACAUGACCAUCGACUUCGACAACUUCGUGGCCUGUUUGAUGAGACUGGAGAUGAUGUUCAAGGUCUUCAAGACGCUCGACGCUCACGAGAGCGGCUCCAUCGAGCUCGACCUCAACCAGUGGUUAAACUUCGCUAUGAUCUGAACCCCCGCUGCCUCAGUAUGACAUCAGCUCGCCCACUUCCUGUUUACAGCCACAGCUUCCUGUCUCUAUUAUUGUGUCCACGCCUGACAAGCAGAGCUCAUGUAAAUCUGAUCAAUAAACUUUUACUAAUAACUGUAAAUCUGAUCAAUAAACUUUUACUUAUAAC